AUGUCAGUUGUUAAGAGUGUUAAGUUGAAUGAUGGGAUCGAGGUUCCGGUUAUAGCUUUUGGAAUAGGUACAGCUCUAGCGAAGAUUGAUACGUUCUCUUACGUCGAAUCAGCUCUCAAACAUGGAUACAGACAUUUCGAUUGUGCAUGGCAUUAUAGGAAUGGGGAAUACACUGGUAAGGCGAUGAGGGAGAGUGGUAUUCCGCGAGAAGAAAUCUUCAUUUCGGCUAAAAUCGGUGAUUUUGAAGGUGAUCCUUCUGAAUUCAAUGCCAACCAAUUUACAGAGACUUUGUUGAAAGACCUUGGUGUAGACUAUGUGGAUUUGUUGAUGCUGCACGCCGAUAUCUUGGUCGGAUCAGUAACAGAAGCGUGGAAGCAAAUGGAAACGCUCAAAGAAAGGGGAUUAGCUCGUUCAAUUGGAGUUUCGAAUUUCUCCACUGAAUCACUCGAAAAGAUACUGAAGAUAUGCAAAAUCACACCAUCUGUAAAUCAAAUUGAAUUUCAUCCCUACUCAUUACCGACCUAUCUACCUACUUUGAUCCCGCUAUGUAAAGAGCAUGGUAUCAAAAUAGCUGCUUAUGGAUCAUUGAUGUCGAUUACCAGACAUCAAGGGGGCCCAGUUGAUCAGGUCGUUAAGCUUAUCUCUGAAGAAAGGGGUUUUGGCCAGAGUGAAGGUCAAAUAUUAUUGAAAUGGGCUCAACAAAUCAAUGGUGGUAUAGUGAUUACGACGACCACUAAAGAAUCAAGAAUGGCGGAACAGAUCAAACCGUUCUUGGACACUCCGUCGUAUACCGAUUUAUCGCAAGAACAUAUCAGAGAUAUAUCAGAUGCUGGUGCCAGUGCUCCAUUCAGAAAUUGGGGUACGAAUUGGCCUUAUUUCAUGAAAGGUGAGGGAGGGAUAGAAGCUUGUGCACCCAAUGCUACACAUCUGAACAAAGCGGAUAUCUAA